AGCCUCCGGGGCAGCCGCGGGGCGGGGCCCGCCCCUUUUCAUGUGCGCCGGCGCCGCUGUGAUUGGACGGCCGCUUGUGACGUGCGGGGACUGCGGUGGCCCGGGCGCUGCGGCAGCCGCAGAGCCAGCGCGGCUCGGGCUCCGGCUCCCGGGCAUUUAAAGGGGACGCGCGGCGGCCCGGGCUGGGGGGAUGGAAGGCAGGUGGAGGGGACGGCCCAGACGCACAUCACCCACGGCCCCUCCGGACCGGAGGCACUCGUGAGCCGCAGCCCAGAAACCCGAGGGUGGAUGAGACACCGCGUCCCCUCCAGCUCCCGCAAGCACCCCCAGCUCCAUCCUGCGCCCCAAUACCGCCGCGAGCCCCUCUCUCCACUCUCUGCGCUUCAAACUCAGCCGGGACAGACUUCCGCCGCCGCCGCCGCUCCGCACCCUGCCGGAGAAGCUCAGAGAUCCUUGCCCCUUUUAUUUGAGGAACUCUUUUGGACGACACAAAAUGAUUUGAUCAUUCAGGACAAAACUGCUCUAGAGGACGGCGGGAUGGCGGUGCAGGGCGCGCCGCGCUUCCUCCUGACCUUCGAUUUUGACGAGACCAUCGUGGACGAAAACAGCGACGACUCGAUCGUGCGCGCCGCGCCGGGCCAGCGGCUGCCGGAGAGCCUGCGCGCCACCUACCGCGAGGGCUUCUACAACGAGUACAUGCAGCGGGUCUUCCAGUACCUGGGCGAGCAGGGCGUGCGGCCGCGGGACCUGCGCGCCGUCUACGAGGCCAUCCCCCUGUCCCCGGGCAUGGGCGACCUGCUGCAGUUCGUGGCCAAGCAGGGAGCCUGCUUCGAGGUGAUCCUCAUCUCGGAUGCCAACACCUUCGGCGUGGAGAGCGCGCUGCGCGCCGCCGGCCACCUGGGCCUGUUCCGCCGCAUCCUCAGCAACCCGUCGGGGCCCGACGCGCGGGGGCUGCUGGCGCUGCGGCCCUUCCACGCGCACAGCUGCGCGCGGUGCCCCAGCAACAUGUGCAAGCACAAGGUGCUCAGCGACUACCUGCGCGAGCGGGCCCAGGACGGCGUGCACUUCGAGCGCCUCUUCUACGUGGGCGACGGCGCCAAUGACUUCUGCCCCAUGGGGCUGCUGGCCGGCGGCGACGUGGCCUUCCCGCGCCGCGGCUACCCCAUGCACCGCCUGAUCCAGGAGGCGCAGAAGGCCGAGCCCAGCUCGUUCCGCGCCACCGUGGUGCCCUGGGAGACCGCCCACGACGUGCGCCUCCAUCUGCAGCAGGUGCUGAAGGCGUGCUGAGACGGCGGCCAGCAGGGGGCGCCCCGACCAGGAGUGAGGAAGGGAGAUCGGGAAAGACAGUCUAGUUUUUUAACUUCCUUUCCCUUUCGCUUUGGUGUGGAAUUUCUAGAAUUCCAGGCCCGUCCAUGCGGGGGCUGAAGGAGGGAGUUCAGAGCCAAUCCGAACUAUCCAUGCAGUUAAACCAGCGCGGCCACAGCAAACAGUUAAAUUCUGGACGGUGGCCCAACCCGGGUGAUGCGCAUUCCUGGGAAGGCAGCAGCGUUUCCUAAAAGCUUGUCCUCCGAACUGGGAGGAAGAGGUGCCCUUGUGCGCGAGAGAACUUUAACUGCUGCCUGGCCCGUAACUUCCCUUCUUCCAGGCUUAGGUCAGGGAGGAAUCCUCCCGCAUCGACGCCCCGCGGAGAGAGGAAGCUUUCUGCCCACAGCCCCAGGCCUAGAUUUCGCUUCACCUACCGCGAUGCCACACUACAUCCCUUUUCUGGCCUCCCUUCCCCGCCCAUCCGGCCAGCAACCCCAAAGGAAGAAAAGCCAGACGGAACAGUCGCCUCCUGGUGGUGGAACGAGGUAGCACACUGUCUGGCUUGGGUCGGACCAGCCAGGAACCUCGCAGCGGUGCCUCGGUGUCUUCUCGUACCCCAGCCUCGUCUAUGCAACAAGACCAGGGACAACCAAAGUCACCCCCGUAGGCUGGGCCCUCUGCGGCCCCUCCUCUCCUAUGGAACAGAAAGCCAUGACGUUUUAAAACAGAGCCAGCGAAACCCAAGCCCCUCCUCUUUGGUGUUUUAGAGCUAUUAAAGCAGGUGAAGGGGGAGAGUC